AUGUAUCAGAGACGGGACAGGGGUGGUCAAAAUCAUAGUAAUUUUGACGAGGGCACUAAAAUGAGUUAUUAUGGAAGAAAAACUUCAAAACCGGACAAAAACAUAUCAAAACACGACAAUAAUUGCUGCCAGGAUAUAAGUAUCAGUCUGGAGCUAGAGGAUAAUGAUUCAAUGUUCUUUCAGGAUCUGAAGAAAAUGUGGACAAUGUUAAAAAACAGUCCACCAGUGAUAAGCAAGCUGCACAAUUACUACAAUGCAUGUUACAACUUAAAUAUAAACCCAUAUGUUCAAGAAUUGAAGCUAAUUUUUAACUGUCAGGAUUUUUAUAAUAUAAAAAGUAAAACUCUGCCGUUAUUUGUGAUUGAAGAAUUCAAAAAGUGGAGUACAAUAUCAAGGAAUAAAAUCAUACACUUUUUGACACCACAAGUCCAAUUGGAUGCUUUCAAAGUGAUCAAUUUGCAAAACUCUUACAGUGUUAAAAAAAUGGUUUUUGAGUGUUAUGAGUUUUAUCAGAGUAAAGAUUUGUUUUUUAAUAGUAUUACGUGUAUGGUAGAGAGAAAACAGUACAGAGAGGCUUCAUAUUAUGCCAUGCUGUUCAAGUUUCAUGAUAAAUUUACAAUAGAUGAUUUUUUAAUUCCCCUGGUGUUGCAAGACAAAUUAUGUGGUGUGGUUGACGAAUUUUUGGAGGGCAGCAAAAAACAUCAAGUCGAUUUGGUUCAGUGGUGUGACUCGAUUUUGGCCAAAAAUGUUAAUCAUGCUGCCAUGGAGUAUGUUUGUUUGAAAGGCAUCGCCGACGUAAAACUCGAAAAGCUUUACGCUAAACCGUGGAAAAAACUGAUUGCCCGACUGGUGAAAACCUAUCGUCUUCCGUCGGACUUGACCCCGAACCUCGUGAAAAAACGCAACGAGGGGGCGCUACAGUUCAUCCUUCAUAAACGUUUCAUUGAAAGGGCUUUCAGCGACGACAGCUACCGAGAGAUGGUGCAAGAGGCGGUAGGCGACGACGAGGAAAUGAAAAAAGAGUUGGUAUCGCAGGUGGCGACGUACCAGGAGUUAUCGGAAGCGCUGAGGUGGGCGCAUUUUUAUAAUAUAGAGAAGGAGGCGUGGCCCUAUGGGCUGAGAAUAUACGAGGAAAAUCCGAAUGAAGAUAGACAUCAAUUGGACAUUUUAAAACCGGAAGAGGAGACGUGGGAUUUGGAACCAGCACCAAACGAAAAUGCUGACUAUCACAAAUUUCGUCUGGAUUUUAAUAGUAUUCGUUUGAUAGAUUCUGAAGAGACUUUCCAUAGUUUUUUGGAUACAGGACUUCAGGACGUAGACAUAGUAGGUAUAGAUUGCGAAUGGAAACCCAGUUUCGGUAACAAAACCAACGAGCUAGCACUGAUGCAGAUAGCGACUCGAAAAUUCGUGUUUAUUUUGGAUGUGAUCAAUCUUAGCGAUAAAGUACCGCCGCUGUGGCAAGAAUUGGGAAAAUUACUGUUCAACAAUAGCGGUAUUGUCAAGUUGGGUUUUAGUUUUUCCAGCGAUUAUGCGAUGAUCAAGCAAACUUUGCCGUUGCUCAAUUUUUCCACCAAACAGGUGGGUUUUUUGGAUCUUCAUUCCAUAUGGAAGCAGCUUGAAAAACAUAGCAGGAUUAAAUUACCUUAUGAAGUUCGAAUCGGUGGCCCCAGCCUGGGCACUUUGGUCCACCACUGCCUGGGUCGCCCUCUAGACAAAUCCGAUCAGUUUUCCAACUGGGAAAAACGCCCCCUUCGCGAAUCCCAGCUCAUAUACGCCGCCCUCGACGCUUACGUUCUCAUAGAAAUCUACGACGUCAUGAAACAGUGCACGGAGAGCGCCAAACUUAAUUUCGACGACAUCUGCUACCAUCUCAUGACCAACGAUAAAACGCAAAAGAAAAAGACCAAAAAUCAAGGAAGAAGAAAGUUUACUAACUCGACGGCACCCACCGUGCCGCAGGCUCCCAGUCCGCACCCUGCGGCAGUCCCUGCGCACCAAGUCAAAGUGGUGUGCGACACAAUGUUGCAAGGUCUGGCGAAAAAUUUGCGACGAGUCGGCAUCGACGCCGCGGUGUUGCAAAAUCACCAGGAGCACCAGGAGUGCGUCAAGUACGCGAUAAACGAGAAAAGGUACAUUUUGUCCAGAGGGGGAGUUUACAAUAUGUUGAGCGGUUAUGUACCGCAAGGUCACUGUCUAAAAAUAUUAAGUGACGAUGUGGAUGAACAAUUGAAAGAAGUACUGGAUUAUUAUAAAAUAAUUGUUACAAGGGAUCAUAUAUUUAGCAGGUGCCAGGCUUGUAACGGUAACAGUUUUAUUAAAGUAUCGCGUUCGACUAUGUCAGCUCUGGUAAAUUCUGCAAGAAGCGUUCAUCACCCUCCUCCAUGUUACGAAGAAGACGAAGCAACAGGUUUUACAAGCGAAGAAGAAUUGGAAGAAGCCGGUUACAGUUACCGAAAACAACCGUACGUGGCGCCACCGGCACCUAUCACUACUUCCAGAAAGUGGGACCUAUAUCCUGAUGAAAAAUUGGAUAUGGGACUGUGCCAAACAAAACAGGGGGCCAAAAUUCAAGUAUCAAACAUCCCUGAAGGUGUUUUAAACAAAAACGAGCUCUAUUAUGUGUGCGAGGAGUGCGGAAAAGUUUUCUGGGAUGGGACUCAUUUUGAAAAAGUCCUUCAAGGAAGGCUCAAAGAUGUCGUGCAAUAG